AGGAGUUCAUUGAAGUAGCCUAGUGUGAUAAGAUUUUUUCCCAGGUUUUGUUUUGCGCGUGACUGCAUACCUCCAAAAUGGAUGGAUAUAACUCUUAACUCUUUAAGUCAAAGUUGUUUUCACGUAACAAUAGUGGUUUUGAGCAAAAACUAUCCAACAAUGGCAUUUUAGCAGCGACAUGUUUCGUCCAGAAUACACCUCCGGACACAUCCAGAGACCCACCGGUUUCGGCUCUGGUCCUCCUCCUCCAAAUGCUCGCCCAAAUGGCCCGCCACCACAAGGACCGGGAUUUUGUCCUAGAUAUCCAGUCAUGUACCCACCACCUUAUCUCCCUUACCGGGCCCCACCACCUGCCCUCCCCGUUGGACCUCCACCACCAUGCAGGCCUUCAUACAUGGAGGCACGGACAUACAGUGGUCUUCCCGUUGACCACAACAUGGUGAUAACUGUUGGUAAUCAACACAACGCUGCCCCUGCUCCAAGCCAUAAUCAAACACUGAAACCACGCAGUUGGGAUGACAGUGAGCAGGCUGGAGAGAUGUUCCUCCGGAUUCUGGCCGACAAGGAGAAGGAGAAGCAGAAGGCCAACGGGAGAGAAGGAGGGGACUCGGGCCCCUGGGGCCAUUUCAAACCGGCCUUCCAACCGGUCUCGGACCAAGGCAAGAGCCCCUCUCUGACACAGAGAGGAGGACACAGCCGUAGCCGUAGCCGCAGUGUCAGUCAGGAGAGGAGCCGUGGAAGAAGCCGGGGCAGGAGCCGGGCAAAGAGCAGAGCGAAAAGCCGAGCCAGGAGCAAAAGCCGGGCUCGUAGCAAAAGCAGGGCGCGUAGCAAGAGCCGGGCACGGAGCAAGAGCCGAGCUCGUAGCAAAAGCCGGGCGCGGAGCAAGAGCCGCGAGCGGAGCCGCAGCAGGGGUAGGAGUCGAGGCCGGAGUCGGGCCAAGAGCAGGGCCAAGAGCAGGGCCCGCAGUAAGAGCCGGGCCAGGACACGGAGCAGGAGCCCUCCUAGGAGCCGGGCCAAGAGCCAGGUCAGGGACGCUGGACUCGGACACCACCACCACCACAAGGACGCCGGUAAUGGUGGCGAUGGCGGUGGUGGUAUUGGACAACAGAACAGUAGUAGCCACAUGUCCUCAAAGAUGGAGCUCUUCCAGGAACUGAAGCAGCUGCUGCAGAGCAAGGGCCUGGAGGACUCCAUGUCUGUGGUGAAGAAAGCCUUCCUCAUCCAGCAGUCUCAGUCUGCCAGCUCCUCUCCGGUGUCUCAGAGUUCUGCCUCUUCACGAGCCCCGCCGGACAUCGUCGUUUACCCAAGGCCAGCGGAGCCUCCCAUGGUCCUGCCGGGGGUGUCCGACAGCUCCUUGCUCUCGCACGAGGUCCUACCGCUGCCGGGGGUGUCCGACAGCCCCUUACUCCCCCACGAGGUGGUGCGGCAGGACAGCACAGACUUCUUCCUCAGUCUGAUGGGGCAGGUCCCGGAAGAGCAGAGGCCUCCUCCUCCAACAGCCGCCGCCACAGCCACCUCCACCAGGAACAAAAUCCCAGACAUCGACGACGAGGAGACGUUUCUGUACGGAGAUGACGGGACGGGGCCGGGGAUGGGGAUGGGGACGGGGACGGACCGUGGUCUGUCCAGCAGUGUCCCUGACAGUAAUGCAACGCCGUGGGCAGUGCCAGCGCUAGACGGUUUAGCCUCCAGCGGCGGAGGUGACUCACUGCAGCAGUUCAAGAACCUGUUCGGAGAUCCAGGCAUGAGCCAUAUUUUCAAGCAGGCGCAGUCGGCACUGGCCAUGACGACGGGCCUGGGGCCUCCAACAGCCCCGGGUCCCCCGCAGGCGUCGUCGAUAAAGAAGGAGAGCGUCACCCCGGAACACAAACCAGAGACGUCGCCCUUCACCUCCUCCUCCUCCUCCUCCAAGCACCGGCCUCACAGUCCGUCCAAAGACAGUCGGGAGGAAGAGCCGGGCGCUGCGGAGAUCGAGCGGGUUAAGAAGUUGGUGAAGUCCAUGGGGCUGAGUCUGACCACUUCGGAAAUCAACAAGAUCGCCGCUAAGUUGCGGGAUGCGGCGAUACAGAAGGACCAGUCGUCCUCCACCCCGAGGUCUUCACAUUCUUCAUCCAAAGGGUCAAAGAUGGAGAACUCGCACAGUAAGCAUGAAACCUCCGAGGACAGAGGACAUUCACACAAAGAUCGUGACCGUGACAGAGAGCGGGACCGAGACCGAGACCGGGAGAGGGACAAGGACCGAGACCGGGAGAGGGACAAGGAUAGAGAUGGCAGCCACACUGGAAGGGACAGAGAACGAGACGCGAGUGACAAGCAUCUCGGUGGACCUAAGAGGAAGGAGAACCUCAUCAAGGAGUUGGAGAGCAUUCUGAAACAAGAAGGCUCGGGCUCCUUGAUUCCUGUGAUCGGCUUCUACUGCCAGCUGUGUGAGGAGUUCUUUGGUGACCUGGCCAGCGCCCAAGGCCAUGAGGGCUGCCACAAAUGCUCAGGCGACACGGGCAAAGGUAGUGCUGCUAAGCUCUACAGUGACUCCAAGAAACCCUUUGCGCAUCUCUCUCAGCACUCCAAGGGACCAGCGGGCCACCAGGAUAAGAAGCGCCCCCUCGAGGACAGCAGGACGACGUCGCACCGGGACGAUCGUAGACUCAGUCCAGGACACUGGUCCAACAAGAGGCCCAGAGAGGACCCGGGCCCGGGCCGCAGGAACGACGCGGCCCCCGCCCCCUCCACCAAACGGGAGCCGACGACGAGUGGAGGUAAUAAGAGCCCCUCGGGGAAGGACAAAGGCGCAAAGUCGAGCUCCGACAGCUCGGACGACUCUGACGAUUCGGACAAAGACGGCAAAGACGACAAGAAAAAAGACAAGAAGAAGGACAAGAAGAAGAAAAAGAAGAAGGAGAAAAAGAAGGAGAAGAAGAAGCAAAAGGAUAAGGAUAAGGUGAAGGACAAGGACAAGCAGGGGAAAAAUAAAACAAAGACCCCUUAGCGUUUUUUAACCCUGAAGAUACUAUGAUUUGCCCUUCUCCCUAUUGUUUUACGGUUUUUAGUUGUGGUCAUCACCAACAGGAACAAUGUCUUGGGUACCGCUCUUGGUCAGUUAAGGUCUGUUUAGACUCCUCCUUCAGUUGCAGGACACACACUGUGAGCGGGGGGGGGGUGUAGAGGCAGACCACGGACAAUUCAGCCUGGGAGAAAUAUAUGUUGAUUGCUGCAAGGGGUCGUUUCAGGGCUAAAAGAGGGGGGCGUGGAGACUGUUUGGGUACGUGAUCUGCCGCCACCCCCCGCUGAUAGUACGUGUCCCACAAUCGAAGGAUGAGCCUGAAUCGGGCUUUAGUGUUUGUUCACCCCACAGCAUGGCAAAAGCAGCCACUGACUCAGUGACAUGACACUGAUUUAUAAACUCUCAUCAUAUCACCACACAACAAACUCUGCAGCUAAGGAAAAUGCCAGCCUAGUGAAAUUCCUUCAUGUUGGUUGUGAGAAAAAUACAGUUUGACUUUUUCAUGUAAUAAUCAUAGACGUUCUGUUGGAGGUUUAAUGGAGCACUUCCAUUCUGAGGAAGUGUGACAAUUUUGUGAAUACUUUUUUGCAAAUAAAUUGUGGGUCCCACAUGCUGUUAUUGUC